GGACACAUGGAGCAGAGGGAACCUGCUGCAGCUCAAUGAAGAUUUUCCAGGCUGGAGACACAUUGAUCUUGUAGAGAAGAGAGAGGAACUCAGUCUGAGGCGUUUUCAAACUAUGGAGCAAACUGCGACCCUGAUAAUCUGAGAGAAUAGAGAGAAUAGAUUCAACUGAUCACAUCAAGGGUGUCCACAUGCUUCAGCAUCAUUUCCAGUUUCCCCUGAAGAGGAAUUUGGCACAUCACUGUAAAAGGCAUGAAUGAGGGUCGCUCUGCUCUCUUCAGAAGGUGCCACCUUGUCUUGUCCAAGUCUGACAGCCUCACCUCUGCUCCUGCCAAAGCUGUUCUCUCUGUGGACGCAGGCGAUGGCGAGGCCGCCCAGCCUGAGGCCGAUGCUGCUUUUCCCCUCUCUGACCUCUCGCACUUGUUUGAGAGCGAAGAUGCCCCCCCAUCGACUCAGGACACGAGCCAGGAUUCAGCCGCUGGAGCGCUGGAGGUGGUUCAGCCCGGCCAGCCUAUGGACAGCAGACCGAACCUGCGGAUGAAGUUCCAGGGGGCUUUCAAAAAGGGCAUUUCCAACCCCAUGGACCUGCUGGAGUCCACCAUAUAUGAGUCUAAUGUGGUUCAGGGACCCAAGAAAGCCCCCAUGGACUCGCUCUUUGACUACGGCACCUACAGCCACAUGAGCAACCAAAAGAAACGCAGGAAGAAGCUUCCAAGAGGUAAAACGGAGACGUCCUGUGAUGAAGGUCAAACAGAUCCACCAAAGGUCCUGAAGACAUUCACCCGCUCCCUGCUGUUUGACGCUGUGUCCCGUGGAGACCCCGGGGCCCUCGAAGGCCUGUUAGAGUUCCUGCAGAGUCAUGACAAGAGGUUAACUGAUGAGGAUUUCAGAGAGCCAUCAACAGGUAAGACCUGUCUGCCUAAAGCUCUGUUGAACCUUUACGCCGGUCAGAACGACACCAUCCCACUGCUGGUCGACAUCGCAGAGAAGACUGGAAACCUCAGGGAGUUCAUCAACUCACCCUUCAGGGAUCUUUACUACAGAGGACAAACAGCGCUCCACAUUGCCAUAGAGCGACGCUGUAAACAGUAUGUUGAGCUGCUGGUGGAGAAUGGGGCCGACGUUCAUGCCCAGGCCAGAGGUCGCUUCUUUCAGCCGAAAGAUGAAGGGGGCUACUUCUACUUUGGUGAGCUGCCUCUUUCGCUGGCUGCAUGCACUAACCAGCCUGACAUAGUGCACUACCUGACUGAGAACCCACACAAGAAAGCUGACCUGCGGCGCCAGGACUCCCGCGGCAACACGGUGCUGCACGCCCUGGUGCACAUCGGAGACAACACCAAGGACAACACACGUUUCCUCACCAAGAUGUACGACCUGCUGCUGAUCAAGAGCGCUAAGCUCUACCCAGAAUGCAGCCUGGAGACGGUGCUCAACAGCGAUGGCAUGUCACCUCUCAUGAUGGCGGCCAAACUGGGCAAGAUAGGGGUUUUUCAGCACAUUAUCCGACGAGAGAUCAAAGAUGAAGAAGUUCGUCACCUUUCUCGAAAGUUUAAGGACUGGGCGUACGGUCCGGUGUACUCAUCUCUCUACGAUCUAUCAUCGCUGGAUACAUGUGGGGAGGAGCCAUCUGUGCUGGAAAUCCUCGUCUACAACAGUCGCAACGAGAACCGUCAUGAGAUGUUGGCAGUGGAGCCAAUCAACGAGCUGCUCCGGGCCAAAUGGCAGAAGUUUGGUGCAGUCACCUUUUACAUCAGUGUGGUUUCCUACCUCAUCACCAUGAUCAUCUUCACACUCGUGGCGUAUUACCACCCAACACAGGAAGAGCCUCCGUACCCGUACAAAACCUCUUCUGACUACGUGCGGAUGGCGGGGGAGGUCGUCACCUUGGCAUCAGGAAUCUUCUUCUUUCUCACCAAUAUUAAAGACGUCUUCAUGAAGAAGUGUCCUGGGGUGAAGUCUUUAUUAAUUGAUGGAUCCUUUCAGCUGCUGUAUUUCAUCUAUUCGGUGCUGAUUGUAGUCACAGCUGCUCUCUACCUGUCGGGCAUUAAGGCCUAUGUGGCUGUGAUGGUGUUUGCACUUGUCCUCGGCUGGAUGAACACCCUUUACUUCACCAGAGGCCUGAAGCUCACUGGCACCUACAGUAUAAUGAUACAGAAGAUUCUUUUCAAAGACCUUUUCAGGUUCCUGUUGGUGUAUGUGCUCUUCAUGAUUGGAUAUGCAUCAGCCCUGGUGACCCUGCUGACCAUGUGUCCUCCACCAGGAUCUGAGUGUGACGGGGACUGCCCCACCUACCCAAAGUGCAGGGACCCCGACACGUUCAGCAACUUCCUGCUGGACCUUUUCAAGCUGACAAUUGGGAUGGGAGAACUGGACAUGAUCAGCAGUGCACAGUAUCCCGCUGUCUUCCUCAUCCUGCUGGUUACUUACAUCAUCCUCACGUUUGUGCUGCUGCUCAACAUGUUGAUCGCUUUAAUGGGGGAGACGGUGGGGCAGGUGUCCAAGGAAAGCAAGAACAUCUGGAAGCUUCAGUGGGCAACGACCAUCUUGGACAUCGAGCGCUCAUUCCCAGUCUGCCUGCGCAGGUCUUUUCGAGCCGGGGAGAUGGUGACUGUGGGGAAGAACUGGGACGGCACACCUGACCGACGCUGGUGCUUCAGAGUGGACGAGGUUCGCUGGUGUCACUGGAAUCAAAACCUGGCGAUAAUCAGCGAGGACCCAGGCCAAGUCAACGUGCAGCAGCAGGGCGUUGGAGUCUUGAGGAGAGAUCGCUGGUCCACAGUAGUCCCACGAGUGGUGGAGUUAAAUAAGGGUCGUGAGGCAGUGGUGGAGAUGGAGCCUCUGACACGCAGGCGCUGACACCGCCAGAGGACUAGUACUGUCCUUCUUCUAAAGAGACAGGAGAGCCAUCAGCGUCAGUGACAUGACUCUGCUGGGGACACUUUGCCAAUAAGUGUUUCUAAUUUGCACAAAUCUCACGUGCCUUUUGUUCACACAGAGUAUAGUAGAUAUUACAGUGAGACGGUCAGUAUUGGACAGAGGACUGAGAGCACAGAGACACUGGAUUUACAAUGUCCUAAAAAUAACUCAAGUAUGAUCUAAAGAACACUAGAGAAAUUAAUUUGUCAAUAUCAAUAAGUAUCACAAUGAAUGUCACAUUAUUAGUUCUCUUGAGAAUAAGGAAAAUUUGGCAUUAAUGACACAGUGAGCUGUUAAAUAUAAUUUUUUUAUUCAAAAAGAAACAUGAAAGGGUAAAUGUACUGUAUAUCCACAUGUAAGACAUCAAAACCUGAACACUCAGGGAUUUAAGAGUUACAAUAUGUCACCAUUUCCAGUCAUUAUAUUGUUAUAGAAAAUUAUAUCAAAGGUUUUAUAGAAGCAUGAACUAUCAUUUCUGCUUCAGUGUAUAUUAGCAGUGUAACUAAAAGCUUUGAACCAUUUACACAUAAUAAAAU